AUGGUAUCUGCUCAGCCGGUUCCGAUCGAAUUCGUGUUACAAGAAAAGGAUGUCAUCUUGUGUAUAUUGGAAUUUUUGGAGAAUCGGAAGUUGCACAUCAGUCAGGUUGGUACACGGAUUAAUACAGAUUUUUGAGAUUUUAUUUUUGUAAAAUACUCUCUAUUAGCAAUUAAUGGUCAAUUUUCAAGAUACCAAACCAAAAAUUAAAUAAAACAAGAAACAUGCGUUUGAAAGAAUACCUUCAGCAUAUUUUACUCAAUUUUUCAUAAGGAUUAUUCUUCUCAUAACCAAGAUACGGCCAUUUAGCCGUAUGUUGUUUUAGGUUUCAUUGGAAAGAGAAACGGGUUUGAUAAAUGGAGAUUAUUCAGAAGACAUUCUUUUCCUCCGGCAAUUAAUAAUCGACGGUCAAUGGGACAACGCAUUAGAUUUUGUAGAACCAUUAAAGGAUUCGUCGACUUUUGACAAACGAGCUUUCACAUAUCUUAUCAUCAAGUACAAGUUCUUUGAGUUGUUAUGUAUCAAACAAGAGCCUGGGCCUAUGCAGGAAAACGACUUUGCGGUCGAAGUGAGAGUUUUAAAAAUUAUUUCUCUAUCUGGAUUUUAAGUAUUAUAUCAUAUGAUAUUUGUUUUUGAAAUUGGCGGAAGGUUUACAUGAUGAAAGUCAUCAAAAUUAAUGUAAAAUUUUUUUUCCUAAAAAACAAUGUCAAUUAAUUUUAGCCUAAAUAAUUUUUAGGAGCUCGUGGAAUGUCUGAAACAACUAGAACACGUAUGUCCAACAUUAGAAGACUACCGCCAGUUAUGUGCGUUGCUUACAUUACCUAAACUAUCGGAUCACGCUGAUUUCAAAAGUUGGAAUCCCAGUUCAGCUAGAGUAGAAUGUUUUCAAAAAGUAUGUACUUUUGGUUUUUUAUGUUUACAAGAAUGAGGUUUUAAAUGUACUUUUAAAGGUUUUUAAAUUUUGCACCGUGCAAUUUAGUUAUUUUUAUUGCAAUGUGCAGAAUAUAAAAAUCACUAUAUGUAUUAUAGACCGAACGGAACGACAUUAAUCUGAAUUUAAAUGUAUUUUAAUUUUAUUAUUCUAUUAUACAUUAAUGAAACCUCGUAAAUCUAGGUAUUCCCACUGAUCGGUGAUCUCUUGAACAAAAUAGCGCCGAAGAAAGAUCAACCACAAAAGACCCACGCAGUGAACGACAGACUACUACAACUGACGUCUAAAGGAGUCUUUUACGAAGCUUGUGUGGACUUCUGCCAAUCCCAAGCUUUAGGUAACAAAAAAGCAAUCGAAGCUGGUCCUCAAUUUCCAAAUGCUUUGGCUAGUCGACCAAAGCUUGGAUCACCAGAUUUGUCUCUGGUAUCGUGGUUAGAAGUUGUCAGCAACGAACAGUUUACACUGCCAUUUCAGCAGCGAGCUUUGGAUUUCAAGUUUGACCUCAUGAAGUUGGUUUUUUGCUUUUUAAAAAUAUUUUUGCAGUUUUACGAUCAAAUCUAAAAUAUUUUAACGUUUUUAAACUUUAAAAAUUUCAGAAAGCCGAAGCUAGAAGCCCAAUGGACGGAGCAGAUACUGGCUACACCAAUAAAGCCAGGAGGUCAAUUCCCUCACUCUUUGGUACCUAAUAACAAGUUUAAAUUUGCGGAAAAGAUGUCACAGUCUAUGAUAUUACCUGCUAUGUCAAUGUCGUCGAUCACAGACAACGAAGUCAACGUCGUUAAGAAGCGUCUGAAUCCGAUGAGUCAGAGUACGAUGGCCGACAUUGGCUUCAGUAUCCAGAGAGAGCCGGCUUCUGAGAAUCUGAUGCAGCAGAGUCAGAUCAUAUCGAAUAUGAUGGAGCAGUCAGAGAUGACGAAACAAUCACGACCCACCAACUUGUUCAACACUUCAGUAACAGACCAACUGACAGCUGAGUUGACUCAGUCGAGGAGGGAGCUGGACCAGAUUCAGAGAGGACUUCAGAAUCAGAAUCUGCCUCCACCGAGAACGAUGGCGCAGUCAAUGUUACCCACAGUACCGGAGUUACCCACACCCACUGGUGGAGUUAGUCCAUCCACCUCUUUUGACAAUCGAAACAAUGACAUCAUGAGCAGCUCGAGGUUGUUUCAGGAGUUUAACUCACGGCGGCAAGGAAGUGCUCCAGGUAGGUUACUUUAAUAGAGAUUUUAUUACGGUAAAUCUGAUUUGAUUCGUUAAAGAUAUGUAAAUUUGCUAGUUAUCUUAACAUACAAAGUAAAGUUGUUUAAAAUUUCAGUUUCAUCCCGACCGUCAUCUGUAAUAUCAACCGGAGUACAAUCAUUGCCAAACAAUAUGCCCAUACCUCCACCAGCAUCGAUGCCAGGUGUUCCUCAAAUGCCGACGAUGAUACCAGCACCAGUAGACCGAUCUCAUUUAAGACCUCAAAGUCAAAUAUACCCACAGUACUACGACUCACCAUCGUAUCCACCCUCUCGACCUCAGAGCUAUGUCGCUCCACCUAACUUCCAACAACCUACAGUAACUCCGCCUAACUUCCAACAACCUACAGUAACCCCGCCCAACUUUCAACCUCCUCCAGCUACAGUAACCAAGAGACCGUCCGAUAUGGGUAUGAACAUUCACUUUGUACCGGUGUGUAAAUACGAAGAUAGUCAAGCGAUCCGAGCUGUGUCAUUUCAUCCAAGUGGAAAGUACUUUGUGGUCGGUACCAAUUCGAAACAAAUGUUAAUAUGCAAAUAUCCGAAAACCAAGAAUUUAGAGUAAGUUUAUGAAAUUGAUUUACAAAGCAAUAUGAUGUUUUAGAUAGAUAAAACGAAACAGGAAAUUGGCAUUAGCAAUUUGGUAGACAAAUGUAAUAAGUUUUUCUGAUUUUAGCUGGUCAAGGGUACCAUUCACACCCGAAAUCGGACUGAUACGUCCCAAACAACAUCGUGGUAUGUUUAUUUUCCUUGAGUUUUUCUUGCGAUAAACUCGAAAUCUUCAAAAUUUUUUUUAAAAGUCUUGAAACACAAUGCCAAAAUGGCGGGAGUUCAAAAACCGUUUUUUAAAAUUGAAAAAUAAGGGAAACUACCAUUUUUAAGGUUAUAAUAUUACUCAAAACUAUGUAAAACAAUUUAAAUAACACUUUUCACUUCUAGGCAGUGUAUAUUGCUGCGGAUUCAAUGCCGCAGGCGAUUUACUGGCCACCGGCUCCAAUGACAAAACUCUUCGUUUGAUGUCAUUCAAUGCAGAUGAAUGUAAAAUAGGAGCAGAGACCGAGCUGAAUAUGCACGAUGGAACAGUCAGAGAUCUGAUUUUCAUGGACGAAGGCUCCAAACGAGUAUUAGUGUCAGGUGGUGCUGGGAAUUGUAAUAUCUGUUUGACCGACUGUGAAAGUGGCAGAACCUUUAAGAAUCUGAAUGGUCAUACUGCACCUAUACUGGGCUUGUACUCUUGGUCCAAUGGGACGUCUUUCACUAGUUGUUCUCAGGACAAAACUAUCAGGUUUUGGGAUUUGAGAGCGUCUUCUGCUGUCAAUGUUAUCCAUCCCAGCUUAACGUUUUCAAGUAAGUAAAGCUGGUUUUGUGGUUGAUUUAAACCAAAAUAUUGUAUUUUUGUAUAAAAAUUUGGCUUGGCAUAGUUUUAUAUGCCUGGAACUUUUCAAAAACUGAAAAGUAGUAGAAAAUACUUUAAUGUAAAGUUAAAAAGCUGGUGUAAAACUGCAAUAUCUUACUCCUUGCUACAUGAACAUCGCUUUCAGAUUCCCCAGUAACCAGUGUGUGUGUAGACCCCAGUGGCAAACUUCUAGUAUCAGGUCAUGAGGAUGCUUCGAUCAUGCUAUUUGAUGUCACUGGCGGUCGUGUGAUACAAACGUUCCGUCCGCACGGUGAUGAAGUCAGAACGGUCAGAUUCAGUAACGCAGCGUACUAUUUACUGUCAGGCUCAUACGAUAAGCGGGUAGUCAUUACUGACAUGAGAGGGGAUCUUACAAGCCCAUUGACGUAUCUUCCAGUAGCCGAACACAACGAUAAGAUUAUCCAAUGCAGAUGGCAUCCUCAUGAAUUCACAUUCUUGAGUACGAGUGCUGAUAGGACAGUAGCUCUGUGGACACUACCUCAACAUUGA